AUGGUUAUUCAAUUGCCUGGCAUAUUCGAUGAGAAACGACUACUGAUUAGUUGGAUGAUUUAUUCAUCACUUGAUUGCAUUGAAUAUAUCUUGCAUGGUUUAUGUGAUUUCUUACAAUUCUAUUGGCUUGGUAAAUGCAUUUUUCUCGUCUGGUUUCUGCAAUCUGGAUCAUCAUCAUCAUCAUCAUCGACUGAAAUAACUCCUGAAUCCGAGACAACUGAUUUGGUUAAUGAAGAACUUACUGUUGUUCGCCAAAGUGCAACGCAAGAUGGCCCUAAAAGAAUUCAACUCAAUGUACCACCACGUUCUGCUAUUCUUAGUCGCAAUACAGAAUGGAGGCAGAGUGCUGUCACUGUUGCCGGAGGAAAUAGUAAUGGUAAUGAUCUAAAUCAAUUAUGGCUACCUUCUAGCGUGUUUGUUGAUGAUAAUGAAAAUAUCUUUGUCGCUGAUUCAGCCAAUGAUCGUAUUGUUGAAUGGAAAGCUGGUGCAAAAGAAGGUCGAAUAGUCGCUGGUGGUGAUGAUCCGCUUCAGGAAACCAGCACGUUGAAUGCCCCAUUAGAUGUGAUCGUUGAUAAAAAGACGAAUAGUUUAAUUAUCUGUGAUACUACUAGACGACGAGUAAUUCGAUGGCGUCGUGGAGCUGAUACAGAAGAUGAAACAAUUACCACAGACAUCGAUUGCAAUGGUUUGACAAUGGAUGAAAAUGGAUCUAUCUACGUUACUGACAAUGAAAGAAAUGAAGUUAUGCGAUACGAUAUUGGAGACAGUAAAGGAACGAUAGUUGCCGGUGGCAACGGAAAAGGUGAUGGUCUAAAUCAAUUGAGUGGUGCUUACUGCGUUUUCGUUGAUCAAAACUAUUCAAUAUAUGUUUCUGAUGAAGAUAAUCAUCGUGUCAUGAAAUGGGCAGAUGGUGCCACCGAAGGUGUAGUCGUGGCUGGUGGUCAAGGAGAAGGUGACAGCCUUUCACAGUUAAAAGACCCUCGAGGAGUUAUCGUAGAUCAAUUAGGAACUGUUUAUGUAGCUGAUUACGGAAACGCACGAGUAAUGCGUUGGUUCAAAGAUGCUACCCAAGGUGAUAUAAUUGCAGGUGGUAAUGGUCAAGGAGACGCAGCUAAUCAAUUGGCAUGGCCUAAUGGCUUAGCAUUUGAUAGUCAAGGUAAUCUCUAUGUUGUGGAUGCAGGCAAUAGUCGUGUUCAAAAGUUCGACAUCGUUGAAAAUUAUUAA